AAAGAAUUAGGCUUAAGUUAGAUGGAUGAAACGUGUUCUUUUGGAACAGCACAUGUUCAGAAAUACUUUAUAUCUGUGGGUGGACUGGAUGUAUUGUGUCAAGUUCUUGUGCAACUGGAAUCUGAUUCACAUAAGACUCUUUCAAGUGCUAAGCUUGCAGUGGUGGUGACAAAGACAGUGGAUGCAUGUAUUGCUGAUAAUUCUACUUUUGGUGAAGUAUUAUCCAAGUACCACAUUGUUUCAAAACUUCUGGCAUUACUGCUUCAUGAAAGUCUGGAUUCAGCAGAAAAAUUUAGCAUCAUUCUUACUCUUGGUCAUUGCACAGAGACUUGUGAGGAAAAUCAGUAUGACCUUUUUAAAAACAAUGGGCUUCCACUCAUGAUACAAGCCUUAACUGAAUCUCAGAAUGAGGAACUAAACAAAGCUGCCACUUUUGUGCUUUGCAACUGCAAAAAAAUUACUGAGAAAUUAUCUCUAAGCCUAAGAGAAUGUCCUUUUGAUGAAAAUGAAGCAGAGCAAUUAGAAGACAUAAAUAUGAAAGAGAAGAAUAUUGGAGAGUACUGGAAGAAAGCAAAGGACAUUCUUCACAGAAUAGAACAGCUUGAAAGAGAAGAAAAUGAGGAAAAAACACAAAGAGAAAAAGAUAAUGUUUCAUCUAUGAACAUAAAUAUUCAAAAUACAUUGAAACACCUCCAUACAAAUAGUAUUGGUGGAGGUCCCAAAGCAGAAGAUAAGGAUACAAGCCAGUCUAGAAAGCUUCAAAGUUACAAAUCUCAUGGAUUUAUGUCUAAAGCAUGUACAAAAGAUGACCAAAUGAAGACCCUGUUAAAGAGUGCAAAUCCAGUUAAUGCUUGUUACAGGGAGAGUGGGCAAAGUAAGACUUUAUAUAAAGCCAACCCAAGCUGCAAUCAAAACUUACAGGAAAGAACUUUUGAAAAAAAAGAUUCUGUUUCUCAAUCAAGCAACCGUGUUUUUAAACAUCCAAAUCCCAUUGUCAAAAAUAGAAAGCAGCAGUUACCAGUAACAGAUCCAUUUACAUUAUGUUCAGAUAUAAUAAAUAAAGAAGUCAUCAAUUUCCUAUCCGCUGACAAUUGUCCCAAAAUAUUCAAGUAUAGAUGCUCAGGUUGCAUAGCAGUAGGAAAAUCCCUGAAUAGCCGAAAUUUUAGCAAGCUCUUGCACUCAUGUCCAUACCAAUGUGAUCGUCACAAAGUCAUUGUGGAAGCUGAAGACAGAUAUAAAAGUGAACUAAGGAAAUCACUUAUCUAUAACAAAAAAAUUCUGCUGACCCCACGUAAAAGACAACUACUCAGUAAUGAACAUACUACCUCUGGAGGAAUAAAAGAAAGAAAAAUUCGUAAAAACUUUACUGAAGAAGAAGUGAAUUACAUUUUCAGUGGAGUUAAGAAAAUGGGAAAUCACUGGAAUGCAAUUUUGUGGUCUUUCCCCUUUCAACAAGGACGGAAGUCUGUUGACCUUGCUCAGAAAUACCACAAGCUGACCAAACGCCCCAAGUUUGUGGCUCCUUAGUUGGAAGAAGACUUGUCAGUUUCUAUUGUGAACUCAUUUUAUUUUUAUUUUCCUAUUGUGAACUCUUAAAAUACAGUGCCUUGAAGAUACAAAAUUUAAAAUAUUCUUCUAAACUCUCAUGAGACAAGGAAUGUGGAAACAGGAAUACUAUUUACAUUAAAUUCUUUUUGUGAUGUGAUGAGCUACAGCAAAAUAUUAAAAUAGUUUAGCCUGGCU